AUGCCGCCCCCUGUGAGCCCUCGUCCCGCCCCCGUUCCACCCCGGGAGGCGGAGCGCGGGGACACGGGGCGGGUCCGGUGCUGCGGCUCUCCUGUGCGGAGCGGCGACACGUGCGCGGAGCGGCGGCGAGGCGGAUGGCCGCCGAGCAGCGCCAUCGCCAUCGAGGAGCAUCUGGAGUUCGGCAAGGAUGGGCGAGAGCUGCACCAGGAGCUGGCCACGCCGUUCCAGGCACCGGAGCAGGAGCAGGUGGAGGUGGAACCGACCAAGCAUAGCGCCUCCGAGCAGCUGAACCGUCUGCAGGGCAACGAACAUGUCCGAGGGAUGCAAGGUGACGGCAUCCCUGUGCCAAAGAAGGUGCUUUUCCCCUUGGAGCGCCUCUCCCUGAAGUGGCAGCGGACCCAGCGGAUCGGCGCUGGGCUGCAAAACUUGGGAAACACGUGUUUCCUCAACUCCGCCAUGCAGUGCCUCACCUACACGCCUCCGCUCGCCAACUACCUGCUCUCCAGGGAGCACAGCCAGACCUGCCAGCGAGGGGAGUUUUGCAUGCUGUGCACUAUGGAGAAGCACAUACUGCAGGUUUUCAGUAGCAGCGGCAGCGCAAUAGAGCCCACGGCCUUCGUCAGAGACAUCAAGAAGAUUGCCACGCACAUCCACAUUGGCCGCCAGGAGGAUGCACAUGAGUUCCUCGGUUUCACCAUCAAUGCCAUGCAGAGGGCCUGCCUGAAUGGCUGCACCCAGUUGGAUCAGCAGAGCCAGACCACAACGCUGAUUCACCAGAUCUUUGGUGGCUUCCUGCGGUCGCGUGUGAUGUGCAAAGCGUGCAAUUGGCCCUCGGACACCUAUGAACCCUUCCUGGACCUGGCGGUGGAGAUCGAGGAAGCUGAAAGCAUCGCGCAGGCACUGAAGUUGUUUGUGAGGCCAGAGAUGCUGUGCGAGGAGAACGCCUACAUGUGUGACAAGUGCAAGACCAAAGUGCAAGCCAUCAAACGCUUCAGCAUCCAUCGAGCCUCCAGUGUUCUCAUAGUCUCGCUGAAGCGCUUUUCCAUCUUCAGUGGAGGCAAAAUCAACAAGGACGUGACAUACCCUGAGGUCUUGGACAUCCGACCUUACUUGUCUGAGGACAAAGGAGACCCUAUGAAUUACGAGCUCUACGCCGUGCUGGUGCACUCUGGGUACUCCUGCCACUCAGGACACUACUACUGCUACGUGAAGGCCAGCAAUGGGCAGUGGUACAAAAUGAAUGAUGCCGUUGUCUGCCUCACCUCCAUCAAGGUGGUCCUGAACCAGCAGGCCUAUGUGCUUUUCUACCUGAGAACACCCGGCACCAGCAAGAGCUUUGAGGGCACCGUUGCCAAGGCUGUGUCCAUCCCGCCCAGCCAGCCAGUGAUGGGCCAGCCACCGGGCAGCACCAUGGCCAUCAAGGAGCAGCUGGAGGAUGGGAAGGAUGGGCGAAAGCUGCACCAGAUACUGGCCAUCUCGUUCCAGGCGCCCCAGCAGAGGAAGACGGAGGUGGAACCGACCAAGCACAGCGCCUCCGAGCAGCUGAACCGUCUGCAGGGUAAGGAUGAGCUGCUCAACCCCUUCAAGGAGGCUGGUGACAGUGCUAAUCCUGCCAAGCAACGCAACAAACAUGUCCGAGGGAUGCAAAGCGACGGCAUCCCUGUGCCAAAGAAGGUGCUUUUUCCUGUGGAGCGCCUCUCCCUGCAGUGGCAGCGGACCCACCGGAUCAGCGCCGGGCUGCAAAACUUAGGGAAUAUGUGCUUAGGGAAACUUCGCGCCGGGCUGCGAAACUUAGGGAACACUCUGCAAGGGCAGGGGCUGCAGCUUUGGAGGAAGAAACCAGAGACACAGCCUGCAAACAAGCUGUCUGGGCAGGAGGAGGUUGGGGUGUCUGUGCCCUGUAGAACAUUCAGUACAGGGCCAAAGCUUCCCACCGCCUCCAAGCUGCUGCAGGAGCUCCGAAAGCACCUCUCUGCUGUGCCUGGGGUCAAGCCACCUGCUCCAGAAGGCUCCAGGCGGGCUAAAUUGAAGAGGUCCCUGCUGGCCGUCAGUGCUGUGGAGCGGAGCAGCUCCACAUCACCACCACCAGCCAAGAAGAUGGCACUCUCUGCUGAAAAGGGUAGCACUCUGGAGGCGGUGAGCAGAGAUGACUGUUGCACACAACCUCAGCCACAGCUUCCAGAGCAGAUGCACCCCAUGGACACCACCCACCCUGAUUCCACUUCCCAGCCUUCUGGCAAGUUGAGCACAUCUUCAUCUGUGCUGAAACUGCCGAAUCCGUAAAAGCCUCCCUUGAAAAUCAUCAUCACAUUAUCAGCCCUUGAGGACCUCAGCUCCCCUCUGAAAAAGCGCCACCAUAGGGCAGACGGCAGCCCUCAAUCUCAGUCUGUUAAUGGCAAAGAUGACACCUCCAGCCCGCCCAGAAAGAAGAG